AUAACUUUACGAUGUAUAAAACAGAAUUUGAAAAAAAUAUUGAACGGUGAAUACGACGAUACAUGUUCAAAAUCAUUAUCGUAUUCGACAUAUGUUGCUGCGGAAGAGCAAUAUUUGAAAAGUAAUGAAUGCAUAUCUGACGAGUCGUUUUGGAAAGAUCAGUUUGAAACGCUACCACCAGAAGUAAAUUUGUCACUCUUGCCAAUGUCAGAAUCAAUAUGGAAUGAAACUAUUCCAUACAAUGCACACCAUUUACACAAUUAUAUAACAAAUAGCAUUAAAACUUGCAUUUCAAAGAUCACUGAAAAGUUGGGAACAACCGAAUUCGUUUACUUUUUCGCCUGCACAUCAAUUGUACUACAACGAUAUCUUGGUGUUGAUGAUAUGACGUUUGCGGUACCUGCUACACUACGAGACGACUUGCACCAAUUAACGGAUGGAUUGUUUGUCAAUACUUUGCUCUGUCGGGUAAAGUUUAACCCUACAUUAACAUGGCGAGAAUAUAUUGCACGAGUUGAAGAAGUCUUACUGUUAGCACAAAAAUAUCGUGCAUAUCCACUAGAUAAAUUAGCACAAAUGCUAUGGACAAUUCAAAAGAAAAGCAUUAGUUCAUUUUGUUCUCUGAUGUUUAAUUAUAGCAGAACCAACACUGAGAAAGAAGAGAUUAGGGUAUACUCUAAACAUGCAAAGAUGUCUUUAAGCAUAGAUGUCAUUGUUGACGAAAGGAACAAACAGACAUCAGUUUUGUUUGAAUGGGCAGACGAUGUGUUAGACAGCACUAUAAUUGAGCGAAUAAGUAACAGUUUGACUGAACUUUGUUCUAGGGAUAUACCAUGGGAUCAAAAACUAAAUGCCAUGGACGUCCUAUCGUCAUCAGAGAUGCAAUUGCUUAAGUCGUUCUCUGAAAGUGAAAUUCAUAACGACACUCACGUGUUAACGGAUAAGGAAAUGCAUAUACAAUUUGAAAUGAACACAGAAAAACAUCCAGAUAAUAUAGCUGUCGUUUGCGAUGAGGACGUUAUCACAUAUCAAAGUCUAAAUAAGAUGGCGUCACAAAUCGCGGAGGGUAUUUGUACAGAAAUAAAUGCGGACAUUUUGAAGUCAUAUCCUGUGUUAUUGUUUACAAAGAAGGACAUAUAUUCCAUUGCAAUGAUAAUUGGCGUUUGGAAAUCCGGUGGACAUUUUCUUCCAGUUUCAAUAUCAAACCAGAACGCUUUAAAAGAUAUAAGUUCCCGAAUUACACCAGGAGCCAUUAUUUAUCACUGCAGCGAUGAAGAUUACAAAACAAUGAUAGAAGCUUCCUUCACCUGUCCAGUUAUAAAUGUAGAAACCCUGAUUGAAAAUACAUACAACCGCUUCCUCUGGAGUGAGGAUGCAUCAAGAAAAACAGAAAUUGUAGCAUAUGCCAUUCAAACGUCAGGAUCUACAGGUGUACCAAAACUGUGCAAAAUUUCACAUCGCAAUCUCAAUGUUGUUUCUAAUGCUUGGAAGACUGUGUAUAAUAUGGAUAAAUAUGAGGUAAAUGUUUUUCAAUGGGCGCCAGUGUCAUUUGAUGUGUUUGUUGGAGAUCUCGUGCGUUCAUUGAUUUGCAUGCCUGGAAAACUUGUCCUUUGUCCAGACGAACGACGAUUGGACGUUUCUUACAUUCAACAUCAGAUAAAAUAUCAUAAUAUAACUUUCAUAGAAGUGACACCGCAUUUUGCAUCUCAUUUGAUAGAAGGCAGUAAUGCUUCCGAUUUCGAAAGUUUAAAAAUUUUAGUUUUGGGGUCGGAUGUUACACACAGUCACAUAUUUGAAAAUAUAAAACGAAUCCUGAGACCGGAUCAGCGUGUUAUUAAUAGUUAUGGAAUGACGGAAGCUACUAUUGAUUCUACAUGUUUUGACAAUCAACAAGUACCUUGUACAAGGAGUGGCACAGUUCCGAUUGGAAAGCCAUUACCAGGAGUAUCACUUCAUGUCCUAGAUAAAAACACUUUACUUCCAUCUCCUAUAGGAACUGUUGGUGAACUCUACAUUAGCGGAAAUGUCAUUGCGUCUGGUGAUACUGAAGUUGUUGCAAUAGGAAAAGAGAAAUUUGCAUUGAAAACCGGAGAUAUUUGUUGCUGGUUACCGUCUGGGAAUCUAGAGCUUUAUGGUCGGUCAGACGAUGUUGUGAAAUUAAGAGGAUUUCGCAUUAGCACUUUAGAAAUUGAAAAACGAAUUAUGCUCAAAAUUAAAGACAUCAAAGAAACCUGUGUUUCUGUUUUAACAGAUAACAAAUCAAGUAAAACUCAGUACCUAUGUGCAUUUGUGGAGAUGUAUCCAAAUCACUCAAAAGAUAUGAACGUUAACAAGAUAAAGCAAAUACUUUCCCGUGAGUUACCUUACUACAUGGUUCCUGAUUUAGUUAAUUUUUUGGAAAAACUACCAACUACGAAAAAUGGCAAAAUUGACAGGAAAGGUCUGCCAUCUUUAUCAGACAUGAAUGACUUAAAAUGUAAGAGGAUACCAGGUAAACAUGAUGGAAAAGAAUCGGAGACCGCUAAUGUUUUGAAAGCCUUAUUCGCACAGGCAAUGGAUUUAAAAGAUAUGAAUAUGAUAGAUGUUAAUUUGACAUUCAUGGAGAAUGGAGGUCAUUCUUUAACAUUAGUUCGUUUUUGCUCUCUCAUUAAGAAAGAGACAAAAUUCAAAAUAGGAAUUGUUGAUUUAUUUUCGUAUCCAUCUAUCUUGACUUUAGCUAAUCAAAUAGAAAGCAAGCACAUAUUGGAAUCAGGAAACAAAGUGGCAAAUGAAGAUUGUUCAACAGAUUCUGCAGAUAUAGUAAUAACUGGAUUGGGACUCCGUUUACCUGGUGGCAUUAUGUCUUUACCGCAGUUAUGGGAAGUACUUCAGACUGGAGAGGACCUAGUGCAACAAUUUCCGCAAGAAAGGAUUUCAGAUUUUAAAGACUGUUCUAAAUAUCUGCCAACCACAGAUACUUAUCGAGGGGCCUUUUUAGAUAGAAUCGACCAAUUUGAUAAUGAGUUUUUUCAUAUUCCUCCUGGUGAAGCAAAGUUCAUGUCGCCAGAACAAAGACUGCUACUGCAAGUGGCAACAGAGGCCUUACUCGAAGGAGAAAACUCCAGUAAUAUAAAUGGGGCUAAUAUUGGUGUUUUUCUCAGCACAAUUGACAUUGGAUAUUCACAGCUUGAUUAUCCAGAUGAAGCAAUUUGCGUAUCAGGUCUUUUACCAGGAAUGGUUGCUACACGUAUUGUUUACCAAUGGAAUUUAAAAGGACCAAGUAUGCUUGUCGAUACAGCUUGUUCAUCUUCGCUAAUGGCAUUAAAACAUGCAUGCGAAUCUAUUAAAAAGAACGAAUGUGAUGGUGCAUUGGUAGGAGGUGCUAAUCUUGUGAUUUAUCCAGGAAGGACAGGCGUCUUUGGAAAUGCAGGUAUUCUUUCACCAGAUUUUUCCUGUCGACCGUUUGACAAAAAUGCAAACGGAACUGUCGUAGGUGAAGGUGUUUUAUGUUUAUAUGUGGAAAGAUUAAGUUCAGCAAUAAAGCAAAGAAAGCAUAUCUAUGGUAUUGUUAAUAGUAUUGCAUCAAACAGUGUUGGCCAUGGAAACGGAAUCACAGCUCCAUCUUCUACCUCACAGAUAGAAGUAAUAAAUAAAGCACUCACGGCUGCCGGAAUAAAAGCCGCAGAUGUUGGUUAUAUUGAAACACAUGGUACAGGAACAAAGCUAGGGGAUAGAGUAGAAAUCUCGGCGUUAUCGUCAAUCUUUAAAGAGAAUGUAGCUAUUGGUACAUCCAAGAGUAUGUUUGGACAUUUAGACACGACAGCUGGAUUACUUGGACUAGUAAAGGUGUUGGCAACAUUUAUGUUCAAUAAGAUACCACCAUCAGCAAAUUUUAAAAUUCCGAAUUCAGACCUGAAGGAAUCCGCUUUAUCUAUUGUUACCGAAAUUCAAGAUUGGGAUCCUAACAAAUCGGGUAAACGAAUUGCUGGUAUUAGCGCAUUUGGCUUAACUGGGACAAACUGCCAUGCAAUAAUUUCAAACCAUGAUCCAAAAAAUGUGAAAGACGAGGGAAAACAGAAUCAAUCAUGCUUCCCGAUAUUUUUUCGUGGCAAGUCUUUCAAUUAUAUAAAAAAACAAGCAUGGCUGUAUAAUUGCUUAAUCAGAGAAACAAUGCAAAAAACAUCUUUGAAUUCCCUCAAAGGUAUGUGUUUUGUAAUUGCAAAGAGGUUUCACGAAAUGUGUAUGGAAAAUGUUGGUCACGAUCAAUUUCGUAUGGCAAUUAAUGUAAAAAAACCACCACAAGCAAUACGGUUAUUGUCUAUUGUUCAAUCUACAUCAAAAGCGGAAGAUUUGAUACAGAUCUGUAAAAUGCGGAGCGACAUGCACGUUUCAUUUCCUGGCUCAUGCAUUGUCAAUUCGGAGAUAAACUACUUGAGAUCCUUUAUACAAAACAAUCAUAUUGAUAUUUCCGAUAUUUUUGGAGAAGAGAUAGAUAAUAUUUGCCCAGCAUUUGGGGUAACCUUGAUUUUGUUUGAAGAAAAUCGACAUUGGCUGGAUCGAAACAACAGACUCCUAAAAAACGAAAACCUGUAUGAUCUUUUGGACAGAAAAGUAACAGAAAGCAAAGAAAUUAUAAGGUCUUUACCCCUAAUGGCCACAGACGACCUAACAUACCUUCAAGGCAGGUUUUGUUCAUCUGAUAUUAUCAAACUUCUUCGUGGUACAAACCUAUCAACUCAUGUACUUAAUGAUAGAAGCACAUCUCUGAAAGAAUCGUUCGAAAUCACAGGCAUGCUAGAGCAGUACGAGAAAUUAUUUUUUGUAAUGAUAAGGGAGCUUUUAAACAACGGGUUUAUAAGAGCAACGGGAAAGGACGAAACAGUACUGAAGUUAGAUUCAUAUAUAUUCAACUGCAGUGAUAUACUUGAUGUUGACCCAACAAAUGUAGCUGAUCAUGCCAUGAAAAAAUACCCGAGUUGGGCAGACUGCUUUCGAUUUCCGUUAUAUUGUUCACAACACUUGCGUAGCGUUUUAUGGGGAAACAUGAGCCCAUUGUCAGUAAUCUAUCCCCAGGGCGAUUUAAAUUUUAUGUUCCGAUUUGAUAAACUUGGCGAUCCACUUGGAGAUGUAUACUACAAUACAUAUAUGCAGUCGAUAGCAUCAUAUGCUGACCAACUUGCUGGAAUAGGAAAGAAAAUAAGAAUACUAGAAGUAGGUGCCGGUAUGGGACAUGUAACAAGACAACUUCUUCCAAAGUUUACAGACAUCGGAAACAUUGAAUAUUGGUUCACCGACCUAGGAAAAGCCUUUGUUGAAAAUGCAAAGAAUACUUUUGAAAACUAUAUGCACUCUAUGAAAUUUUGUACGUUUGAUAUAACAAAAUCUGCUCUAGAACAAGGCGUUAUCGGAACUUUCGACAUUGUAAUAUCAUAUAAUGUUAUUCACACGACUGAUAGUAUCAAAACUUCUGUUGUGAACUUGAAAUCAUGCUUGGGGGAAGACGGUACCUUGUUCAUAAUUGAAAGUGCAAAGAACGAAACAUGGGCAACACUAGCCUGGGGUGUACUAGAUGGAUGGUGGUUCUUCAAAGACUAUGAUCUUAGACCGUUUGAGCCUAUGAUGGAACCUAAAAAAUGGGAACACAUUCUGUCUAAUAUUGGUUUUGCAUCUGUUGUAUCUUGUCCAUUUGAUGAAGAAGACCGAAAUGAAGUAGAAAAAUUUUUGUUUGUUUGUUGUGUCAAACCAUUGAAUUUAUCCGAGUCUCGAAGAACCCGUUGGUGGGAAAAUAUUGAUACAGAUUUUGAGAAUAAAAUAGAAUUAGAAGAUGACGCUGACUUAACUGAUACCAAUUUGUCUACAGAGCAGAUUGUGCAAAACGAAUUGAAACAGAUUUGGUCCGAAUUGUUAGGAGUACAAGAUAUAAAUCCUGAGGAUGAUUUUAAUUCCCUUGGUGGUGAAUCGUUAAUUGCAGUUCAAAUGAUGACACUUGUUCGGAAACGCAUAGGAUACCAAUUGGAGAUAGCUGAUACGUUUGGAUAUCCAAGUUUAGCUAGUUUAGCCAAUUUCAUCUUCUGUAAUCUGGAACAAAAAUUAGGCAAAAGUCUCAACUGUGAUGUUGUUACUGAACGCGGAAAAGACGGUUUUUCGCAAACAGAUUCCAAUUCUUUUAAAGAAAAUGAGGCAAGCAAAAUGCUGAUGUUUCCAGGUCAAGGGUCACAAAAAGUUGGUAUGUGUCGUUCAAUGAAAGGUAGUGCUGAAGCAAGAUGUGUUUUCCAAAGAGCAGAGAAAAUUCUUGGUUAUAAUGUUCUUGACGUUUGUCUUCAAAAUGAUGAAGAAUUGAUCGAAAGGUUGAAAUCAACUGCGUUCGUGCAAGUUGCCCUGUUUGUAGGGUGUUUGGCUAAAAUAGAGCAGAUUAAAAUAGAAAGCCCACACAUUUUAGCAAAUAUCAACUGUGUUGCUGGUCUUAGCGUUGGAGAGUUCUGUGCGCUUGUAUACGCCGGUGUUUUAAAGUUUGAAGAUGCCCUUGAAAUUGUAAGGAAACGCGGACAAGCAAUGGAAGAGGAAGCGAAUAGAUUAUCAACGUCCAUGGCUAGUAUUUACGGUCCUCGCAUGGAUCAACUUAGACAUUACCUAGAGGUUAAUUUUAAAUCGUUAGAAAUAUCCACAUAUUUAGGAGAUAAUCAACACACAGUUGCUGGGUCAAACGAUGACAUAGACUCUUUCGUUGAUUAUUUGAACUCAAAAGAUAAAGAAAUUAUGAAUGUUGUUGACGUUCGGAAAUUACGUGUUGCAGGAGCUUUCCAUUCGAUUUACAUGAAGAAAGCGACCGUUGUAGUUGAUCCAUUAAUAGAUUCCGUUGAAUUUCGAAAACCUUGCACACCUGUUCUUAUGAAUGUUACUGGAAGUUUUUCAGAAGAUACGAAUAGUAUUAAAGAACAACUUAAAAAACAACUAGUAGAACCUGUACAGUGGAGAAAAACGGUAGUAUCUGCUUAUGAAAAUAAUGUCAGACAAUUUAUUGAGGUGUCUCCAUCUAGAGUUUUAACAUCUAUUGUGAAAAAUAGAAUUUCCGAUUGUGAAGGUUGUCUUGCAGAUUUUUUUGAAGUUUAGGUGGAUUCAAUUGAAUACUUCAAACUUAAUUUCAGUUUUAGCUUGUUUAGAUUUGUUGUAAGUGAUAGGAUGUUUAGUUGCUUGUGUAUUAUAUUUUCUUUUUACAUAUGAUAUAAACAUUUUUUGGUCAAUAGAUAUAUUGGUUUUUUUCCGGUUCUUUUUUUCUGAAAAGUGUGAAAUUAAGAUAUAUAUAGUCAAGGGAUUUUACUGUUUUAUAUAUACAGAAUAUUAAUGGAAAGAGUUCUUUUUAGAUAUAUAUAAUCAUUUAGUUUGAAUCACCGUUUGCACAUAUAUGUAUAUUUAUCUUAUCAUUAAAGCUUUAGAAAUUAAGUUAACUCCCAUGUGUUUGUAUGUAUGUGUGUGUAGUAUUCUGACUUAUAUGAAUGCAUAAUGUCAGUUGUCUCGCUGUUUAUAGUGGCAUUUUAUCAUUGAUCGUAGUCUUAAUGUUUUAUCUGUUUUAUAUGUAAGGCAGGAUGCUCGUAUGGGCUGUUUAUAGUGGUUUUUUAUCAUUGAUCGUAGUCUUAAUGUUUUAUCUGUUAUAUAUGUAAGGCAGGAUGCUCAUAUGGUAUAAUAUUACCUGCUAUAAAUAAGAUACUAUAAUUAAUAUUGGUUAUUCUAAAUAGCCUUUUUUGUAAAUAAUGUAGUGAGUUACACAUACAUGUAGUCGCAUUAAAUGCCUUCUUCAUCAAUUGAUAAUUGCAAAUACUUAAGUUUUUGGAUUAUAUCAAGAUUGUUUCCCAAUGCCAAUCUUAUAUAAAUUUGUUUUUGUGUUUAGAAAUAAAAAGGUGACUCUAUAUGUUAAUCGAAGAAAGUGUUGUGUGAAUAAAUAGCUUUAAUAGAGUAGUUAUUUUUCAUGUUGUUAUAACCUGACAUUUAAAAAGAUGUUUUAUAUGUUUAUUUAAACUAUUUUUAUACUUUAUAAUCAUUUGCUAAUUUUAAUUUACCUAGCUUUGUUCUGUUGUACAUGCUUAUUAAUUAAAGUGCAUCAAAAAAUAAUGCAAAUAAUAUAGUAAAUAAGUUGUACAGUAACAAGUUAUUGCAUAUUUGAGUACUGGUAACUCCAGCUUAAGAUAUAUUCCAAAGACAAUAAUGAUCAGUUGUUUUUACUUUUAUUUGAAUCUUCUUUUCAUGUAAUCAAGUAGCAUAAAUGAGGUGAUAUUUAGAACAAACCAUCGAUCACUAAAUAGUCCUUUUCCAUACAAAAUUAACAGUCAGUUUGAUUUUUUCCACAUAAAUAUUACUGUUUUUCUUUUAAAAUUCUCAUAUAUUCCAAUCUUUUCUCUCUCGAUAUUUAACAAUAAAAUAAAUCAAAACUCGUAUGAACUAGUUUGCAGCAGAGUUAUAGUUAUUAUAAGAUGUGUUAUAUGAACUUAAUUCUAAUUAUCUGACAUUGUAUUCUCUGUGCUGUAAAUAUGCCUUUGUAUAUUAUGUAAUAUGUGUUUUAAAAGAUUAAAACAAAAAAUAAAAAUCUGAUUAGUUGUAUGAUCAAUACCUCUUCUGUAACAGAUAAUUUUAUUUAUCGUUGUUCUAUUGAUUUUUCAGAUAUACAAUGAAGUUCAUUUACUUUGUUUUUCUCUUAUAUGUUUUUUUUAUGGAUUUUUUUUCACUUGUUUUUAAAUUUAUAAAUAUAUAUUCAUAUGUGUGUGUUUGUGUACAAUUUCUAUGAAUGUGUGCUAUUAUCAUAUUAUUCAUUGUCAGAACUUAUUUUUGUCUAGCCUUUUCAAUUAUAUUAUAUAUUAUUAAGUGUUGUUAUUAUUUAGUCAAGCCCAAAAUACUAGAGAUAGAUACAACUAUAUUGAUAUUUGAAGUGCUGAAAUAGCUGUCUCUUUAAAAGAUAAAAUUUCAUAUUUACAGUUAUCACUGAUUUGAUUAAAGCCCCACUGAUCAAUCUUGUGUAGAUGAAACACGCGUUUAGCGUGCUAAAUCGUAAGCCUUAUAAUAUAUAUCUUUGAUGAGAGUUCUUUUCAGUAGCUGCAAAAAUCUUUACUAUUGCAUUAUUUUAUUUUUAGUGUUGAAUAUAUUUCUUAAGUUUGUUAAUGUACUACAUGUAUAUAAUGAACAGCUACUGUACAGGAUAAAGAUAAAUCGAAAUUUGUAUUUGUCCAUCAUAGUGUUAGUGUAUACCUUUUAUAGACGAAUAGAUAAAUCAAUUAUGAACCGCUGUCUUCGUAAGAAAGGUCUUUGACUUUUAUCGAGAAGUUACAGUAUUUAGUUUUAUAACUAAAUACUAAAGUUCUUAUAUAUACUGGAACAGGAAAUAUAAAUUUCGAUUGUUGUUUCCCUUUAAACAUAUAAUUGAACACAAACCACUGCUUUUGUCAAUGAUUAUAUAUAUAUAUAUAUAUAUAUUUAAACAAGUCUAAAUUGAAAACAACGUUCAAACCUAUGAUUGCGUUGGAUAAAAACCGCAAUUUGUAUACGUGUGCAUGCAAAACAAAUUUCUAGUUAGAGGGGUCUAAAUACAGCACAAACAACAUUUUCCAAAAGACCAAAAAAGUGAAAAAGUAUAUUUUAACAAUAUAUAUAUAUAAACAUAUAAACAGUAGGUUAAGAAUAUGUAUGAUUAAAAGGAAAAUAUAUCAUAUUUAUCAAUGUGUAUUAUAUGUAUGAAUAAAUGAAAUUAUAAAUGUUUUUAUUCUAUUUAAAAUUGUAUAAUGUCUACAUUUUUAUAAGAUAAGUUUUUAGUGUUAUCAUCUUAUUUAUUGUUGUUCACAUAUAAAGACAUAAACCAUGGGGAUGGAUUUUAUUUAUUAAAGGCUGAAUUAAAAGUUAAUAAGCAGCGACUAAGUAAGCGGACAGUUCAGAUGAUAGAAAUUUCACUUUAGCCAACAACCAUACAAGAUAGUCAACGUUUAAGAAUAGACGAUGAUACUUGCUAAAGUGAAAUAUGCAUUUGUUGAGAAUCGGAAAAUAGCAGCUAAAGAUCUACUACAUGUUGCCGAAAGCCACUCAGUAUUCAAGUUGGUCACUGUGACAUUGUGUUGAUCUUUUGUUUUUGUUUGUUACAAACUUCAUUUUUAGAAUUGUUUAAAUCACUGUUUUAUAUCAAAGAAAGUUAAUAAGCGAAUAGAUGUAGUAAACUUUUGUUCAUAUUUAAACUGAAGAUGUUUUUGCGUAUUGUAAAAAAAUGAAUUAGUAACUGGAACAAAGGUGGUGAUUGUAAUAUGCAUUUCCAGCGAAGUGUGCGAGUCAAGUUAAAAAGGUUCCUUUUUAUGAAGGACCAUAUAGAGAUAGUAUAUGGUUUGGAACUUACAAGUAUUUAUAUGCUUAGUUAGUUAUUUUGUUUAUGUAUAAUAUAUUGAAAAUUGUGUAUGAAAAUAUUCAUCAUUUUAGAUUAUUUGGAAAAAAAGUUCUUGAAUGAUUUAUUUAGAUAAUAUAACAAGUAAUUAUAGUAAUAAUUAUUUUACCAAGUCUUGUUAAUAUAUCCGUCUGUCAGUCAUCAUUUUGUUGUCAUGCAGAAUGUACGUUCAUUUUCUAUAUCGGUUAUCUUCAAACUAAGAAAAAUAUACCUUCACGCUUAGAAAAAUAUACCUUAAAAAUUCACGGAUUAUUUCAAUAAUCAUAAAAACUGAAACUCUGAGCUAUAAGCUUAGAAGUAGCCUGUGUUUAUACCGCUUUAUCAAUCGUGUCGCUUGUGUGUUUUCUUCAUUACAUGUUAGUUACAAUUUAGUUUUGAAUUGCAGUGACAAAAUCAACAGAUCAUUUACGCCGUAACAAUAUUUUAACCUAUUUUACACAAAGUUCCUAUAACCUGCUUUACCUGCUAUAUACGGAGUCAAAUAUAUAACUACAAGGAUAUGUUUUUUUUUCAAUUAAUUUGUAUUUUUUCAAUUCAUUAGAGCGUUUUCUUGUUAAUUUAUAUUUAAUAACAUCCUUUCGAAACAAGACAAACAUCGAAAAAGUUUUCAGUGUUUGCAGAGGAGGCUUUUUUUACACAUGUUACAGCAAAUUCCCAACUGGAAUUUGGCUAUUUACUCAAAUGAACCUGAUGUAUAGUUAAAGUUAAGUUCAAAUACGAAACCAUUCUUUAUGGAGGGAACUGUACAAAGUUAUAAAUAAUUAAUCGACUCAGGAGGUAAACCAACUUUUCUUUUUGAAUCCUUUCACAUUUCUAAGAACUAUAUGUACCGUUAGAAAACCGACGAAAGAGUGUUAUCUUAAACAAAGGAGACUCGACAUUGUUGUUAAUACGGAAGAUAAGGUAUGGGAGCUCGUUGAAAAGGUUCCUAUACUCAAUCAUUCACCUAAGUUAACAGCGCACAUUUUUACCACCAUGACGGCAGUAUGAAACUCUAAAUAUAAUUUAUAAAGAUAUUACACAUAUCUUACUUACAGUAUGAAUAAUCUGAUGAAGUAUAACGACAAUUCAUUUUAUUUGCAUUGCAUACAUACAUGCUUUCACUUUUGGUCAUAAUGGAUUUGGUUGUUUAUAGUGACAUACAUUUACUCUUUAAAGUAAAUUAGAAUCACACCUGUAUGAUUUAAGUAACAUGUAAAUUCAACCUUGUAUCUGUUCAGCUAUCUUAAUCGAAUUGUUAUACCUUCCUUACAUGAACUUCUUUUUUUCUGAUGCCCCCCCCCCCACCCAAGGGUGAUUGGGGAAUAGAAAUAUGGUCACCAUUUUUCUUCCUCCGACCGGCGGUAAAACCCUCGUUAAAGUGGGGCGUCCGUUUUGCUGUGCGGGAUGUACAAGUUCGCAGUCAAUAUAAAUAUAAAUCAAUCAUAUUUUCUGAUGUCUUAAACUACUGUAGACAUAAUUAGUAAUACAUCGUUCGAUAUCUCAUAUUAGCAACCAUUGUACCCCAGCUAUUAGUGAUAAUAUAGUUAUAGAAGUAUAAACAUUAGAUUAAACUUCACAGACAUUAUAUCUAUAUAUCAUUUAGUAUCUAAAUCUUUUACAAAUGUCGUCCAAAUAUUUUAUAAUGCCAUUAUUAUAUCUUAAAUGUUAUCAACAGUAUUGAAUUUUCAUUUUAUGUGUUGAUAUCAUAAUACGUUAUCUACAGAGUGUCUAUUUGCUAUUUUGUUUUUCUUUUUUGUAAUAGUUAUUUGUUUUUAUAGUGAUUAAGAUUAUAUAUUACAACGUUGACUGCUGUAACUAAUUUUUGACAUUUUUACCUAGUAUUAUAUCUGUUUGUUUUGCUUACACAUUGUUGUUGAAAUAAUGGAAUUCUAUGCCUCUGUCAUACAAGUAAGAGAUUUAGCUAGCUCUAAAACCUGGUUUAAACCACAAUUUUCUACAUUAGGAAAUGCCUGUACCAAGUUAGGAAUAUGACAGUUCUUUUCCAUUCGUUUGAUGUUUUUGAGCUUUUGAUUUUGCCAUUUUAUAAAGGACUACCGUUUUGAAUUUCCAUUGGAGUUCGGUUUUUUUUUUUUUUUUCUUACUUUUUUUUAUAAUAUUGUUAGGUCUAAUUCAACUGUUUAUAAAAUUAUUAGAAAUUGCACAUAAUUUUAGAUACUUGUGGUAUGGUCAUUAUGAUUUUUUAAAAUGUGAUUCACACUAAAGAUAAUUUUUCAAGGGUCCAGAUUUGUGAUUUUCAUACUUAGAAUUAGCUGUAAAGAAAAAAAAAAAGAAGAAAAAUCGAAGAAUUAGAGAACCAGUAUAAAAUGAAACUCAAACUAGUUUUUAUCUUAUGACAAAAGGUGUGUUGUCACAUUAUAAAAAUCAAACCAGUUUCAUUUUAAAUUGCAAUGUCUUCUUCGACUUUAUUCAAAGUAUUUGCACGUCUUUAACUUUGGGCCAAUGUAUCUAUAAAUGAAAAGACUGGUCAAAGCAUAAGUGCCAAGAUCACAUGAACCAAGUUUAAAUAAAUACAUAUUGAUAAAUUCUCAGCUGGGGUUUUAUGUAUAACUUUUAUAAUAAAUUAAAAAAACCAGAUCAUAUAGGCAAUAAUGUUUGAGGUAUUUUGAUUUCUCUUAAUGAGCCGUAUUUGGUUGAUUUUAGAAGUUUUCAGGACAAUACAUGUAUCAAAAAUUCCCACAAGUAGGCUAUCAAAAGAGAGUCGACCAAAAUGUAGGGCAUGCCAUUUAAACAGUUUAUAGAAAAAAAGAGUGUUGGAUAGGGACAGAUAUUGUUGUCCGCACAUAUGAAACGUACACUUUAAAACGUAUUGUAUGGGUUCCUUAACGUACAGAAAGUGUAGCACUCGGCCUCCACGAGGUAUCAAAUUUAAUGUCUGUUUUUACCGGAAGUAGAAACUGGCCGAUUACAUAAGUUAAGUUAACCAUAUUGUAUACUCCAUUCACCUUUAAAUUAGCUCAAUUAAGUUACCAACUCUUCCAAUGAAUUUCAUUUUUUUUCAUUUUUUUUUCUUCUUUGAGAUGUAAGGUAGACGAAUUAAAUGCUGUCAGUGCAAAAGUGUAUUUUUAUUCUAUUUUCAUUUUUUUAUUAUUCAAAAUUGUUUAGUCAAAAUGAAUUUGAAAUAUUAUAAUAUACAUGUGCAUGUAGCUUACAUUUUACUUAAAUUUUACCAUGGCUUUUUGAACUUCAAGUAACCAUUUGGCGUACACUCCUCUAGAAGUGGGGACAUUUUGUUUAAUAAGUAUUGUUCCAGAUCGUUGGAAUUAAUAGUAUAGUUGUUUUUCUUCAAGGGUUUGACGAAAGGUGUAUAAUGAAAUAAUAAUGACUUUUUUGUUAGCAAUUUAAGAAUUAGACAGUAAUUAUGCUACAGAUCAAAUUUAUUUACAAAAUGUUUGUUCACCUCAAUUAUAAUGUAUUGUAUGCAAUGAAUGAACUACAAUGGCUACAAAUGAAUUAACGCUUUAUAUAUUAUAAUAAUAAUAAAUAUAGCAAUUAA